AUGCUUGAGUCAGUGGAUUCUGAACACUGGAAACACCAUCAGAGGCUUCUGAUACUCGAGUUUAUACCACUGGACGAUGACGCAUGUGUCUACACCAAGGGCCAGAGCAAGGAAAUGAACAGUCUCAUUGUCCAUGUCGAUAAUUCCAUCAUUGCGGCUCCUUCGGACGCCGAAGUCUUCCUGGGAUGCCCCCGAAGCCGAAAUUACGAUGCGGGAACCAUUGCUAUGCGCCAGACCGCUUAUGUCCUUGAAACCUUGUAA